AUGAGUUCAGACAAGAAGGAAACAAAAGUCCCCGUGAGCUUAAUGCUCUUACCACCAGACCCGCCACAGGUAUAUAACUCCUACAUUCAGAGAGGGACAUAUCUGGGGAAUGCGACUCCCCUGCAGGAUUCCUGGCUGGAGAAUAUUCAGAACAUGAUCCCUCCUAAAUUGAAGAGCCUGAGCCCAAAACUGGAGCUGCUGGUUCAUGACGUCAAGGAGGACUACUUGCUCAACAUCAAGAGAACAAUCUUGAUGCACCCAGGGCACACUGAGCAGGACAGAGUUAAAGAUCGGCCCUCUCACAGAGUUGAAAUGGAAAUAGUGCCAAAACCAUGGAACAAAUCGUUUAUCCAAGCACUAAAGAGAAUGAGAGAGAAGCUUCACCGUUUCAACCCCACUAUGCAGCAAGUGAUGUACCGCUGGCAUGCCUUUUACAAAGAUCUCCGUCUGAUAGAUAUAGAGGAGUUCCUCAGCAGAAAGGAGUCCAUUGAGCUCUCUGAAUUUCAGCAGAUUGUCACUCAGCAUGUUGAAAAGGCCAAGGGCGUCCUCCUGAAAAGUUGGAUUCCUGAAGUGCAUCGCAUUUACUACCAGGGACACAUGCGCAAACUGAUACCCUCAUCCAGCAACACGGCCAAAGUGGAAUCAUUCUUCAACUGUGCAGCUGCACUGAUGACCCUGCAGCUUCAGAAUCUUGCUUUUGACUCACUGCAGGGCUAUACAGAGCUCCUUUCUCAAGCCAUGUGUUCAGACAGUGCUGGAGGGCACCCAUGCUUUGUUUUGCACCUGAUCUUAGAGGAAAAUGAGAUCAGGUUUGAGCCAGACCUUAAAAAGUAUGAGGAAGCCUUCUUGGAUGUCUAUGAGGUCAUGCUCAGAUCUAUCAGCAUGGUACCUCGUGUGGAAACUGAACUGUACCCUGCGUCGCCAGGAACCCAACUUGAAAAGAACCUUAAGCCCAUCAUCCUUCCUGAGAUCCUUCAGGCCCAGAAGGAGGAAGUGUGCAAGGUUUUCUGGGCUGAGUGUGUCAGGCCCAAGAAGUAUGUCCACGAAUAUGACAAAUAUAUCACACUGGUAUCCAGGCAGGCAGAGAAAGAUGUUGAGCACUUCCUCAGUGAACAGCAUUCCUUCCAGGAUAUCAUGGUAGAGGUGUCACACUACCAGGAGCUUGCUGACCAGAUCCAGGAUGGAGUGGUACAGCUUGGCAUGUUUGAGGUCCAGUCCCAUAAACUUGUCGACUCUCUUGUGAAGCAUGCUCAGGAGCUCCAACAAAAACUGGCCACAAGGAUUUUCCAGAACCAUCAGGAAAUCAACAAGACGCUCUGUAAAGAGUUCAAGAUGAUUUCAGAGAGGGCACUGAAAACACCAGCCAAUACUCAGGAACUGAUGGAGUUAAAGGCCGACAUUAAAAAGGUGGUGAAUGUGGAGAUCCCUCUGUUGGAGAAAAGAUUGGCAGACUCCAAUAAACAAUUGUGCACCCUGAUGGACUUUGUCACCCUCUCAUCAGAGGACAUGGAGCUAAAUACACAGACCAUUCAGUGGUUUAAACGUAUGCCGUCCAUCUUUGAGAAACACCAACAAAUAGUUCUUGAAAAGGAAAAGCAAUACCAGACUGGCCUCAAGAUAUGCCGUGAGCGCUUUAUGGAAGAGCUGGAAAGCUACACCGUACAACAGAAGGAGUUUCCUGGUUUUAGUGAACCGCAGGAUCUCAGCACGUACCUGAAGAAAGCGCAGGCCCUAAAUACAAAACUCGAAUUAGCCAGGCAAAAGAUUGAAUGUUUCAAUCUGGAAGAGGAGGCCUAUGGCUGGCCUAUUUCCCAUUAUCCGCAACAUAAACAGAUCCAGAACACGUUGGCUCCAUUCCUUAACCUCUAUGAGACGUCUACUAAUUUCCUGAAACAAUAUGAGCAGUGGCUCCAUGGGCCGCUUUCUGGUGUCAUCCCAGACAAGGUGGACACUGAUGUUGGCAAUUACUGGCGCACCCUAUACAAGCUAAAGAAAGCUUUCCGUGAGGUACCCAACGCCCUGAAAAUAGUUACCACAAUAAAGGCUAAAGUGGGGGAUUUCAAGAAACACAUUCCUAUGGUCCAGAUAUUCUGUAACCCUGGGUUGCGUCCACGCCACUGGGAUGCCAUGUCGGAGCUGGCUGGCAUUUCUAUAUACCCAGGCGAUGAGAAUGCAUGCGUGUCUCACUUUCUGUCCAUGAAUCUGGAAACGUAUCAGAGCAGCUUUGAGGGCAUCAGUGAGACGGCCGGCAAAGAGAACUCAUUAGAAAAGGCCAUGGAGAAAAUGACCAGUGAGUGGGAUCAUGUAGAGUUUAACCUUGUGGCCUAUCGAGAAACUGGCACCACCAUCCUGUCAUCUGUGGAAGAUGUGCAGCUUCUGCUGGAUGAUCAUAUUGUGAAGACACAAACCAUGAAGAGCUCGCCCUUCAUCAAGCCCUUUGAGGAGGAAAUACGGGAAUGGGAGGGCAAAUUGCUGCUUCUUCAAGAGAUCCUGGAUGAAUGGUUAAAGGUGCAGUCCACUUGGCUCUACCUGGAGCCCAUAUUCACUUCCCCAGACAUCAAGGUUCAGAUGCCUGAGGAGGAAUCCCAUUUCUCAAAGGUUGAUAAAACAUGGCGAGACAUCAUGAAAAAAGUUUCCUUGGACAGUCAUGUUAUUUCAGUGGUUACCAUGGACAAGAUACUGGAGACGCUGAAGAAGUCCAAUUAUCUUCUGGAAAUUAUCCUCAAAGGUCUCAAUAACUACUUGGAAAAGAAGCGUCUCUAUUUUCCUCGAUUCUUUUUUCUCUCCAACGAGGAGUUGCUUGAAAUCCUCUCUGAGACCAAAGACCCCACAAGGGUGCAGCCGCAUUUGAAGAAGUGCUUUGAAGGCAUUGCUAGUGUGGUGUUCACUGAUGUACUGGAUAUCACCCACAUGAAGAGCAGUGAGGGUGAAAUGGUGCAGCUCCUGGAUAUCAUUUCCACUUCCAAAGCCAAGGGCCGGGUGGAGCAAUGGCUUCUUGAACUGGAGAAUGACAUGAUGGUCUCCCUGCAUAAGGCAAUAGGGGAGGCCAUCGAGGCAUACCCCAAUGAGCUGAGGAUCAACUGGGUGCGUGCCUGGCCAGGCCAGACUGUGUUGUGUGUCUCACAGGUCUAUUGGACAAAGGAUAUCCAUGACGCUAUUAGAUCAGGGAAGAAGGCCCUAAACGCUUAUCUGGAGCAGAACAACAGACAAAUUGAUGACAUUGUCGCACUUGUACGUGGGAAGCUAUCCAAACAGAAUCGGGUGACGCUUGGAGCACUUGUUGUCCUGGAUGUCCAUGCUCGGGAUGUUUUAGCCACACUGGUGCAAAAGGGAAUAAGUGACGAGAAUGACUUUGAGUGGCUCAGCCAACUGCGCUACUACUGGGUGGAGAACCACCUCGAGACCAAGAUGAUCAAUGCUGGCUUGCGUUAUGGCUAUGAAUACCUGGGAAACACACCUCGACUGGUCAUUACCCCACUCACUGACCGCUGCUACCGAACAUUGUUCGGUGCCCUCCACCUUCAUUUGGGAGGGGCCCCUGAGGGUCCAGCAGGCACAGGAAAAACAGAGACGACUAAAGACUUGGCCAAAGCUGUGGCCAAGCAGUGUGUGGUCUUUAACUGCUCAGAUGGACUGGACUAUAUUGCCCUGGGAAAAUUCUUCAAAGGGCUUUUGUCCUGUGGAGCCUGGGCCUGUUUUGAUGAGUUUAACCGCAUUGACUUGGAGGUGCUGUCUGUGGUGGCUCAACAGAUUCUCACCAUACAGAGAGGAAUUGCUUCCCAUACUGAAAAACUGAAAUUUGAGGGGACAGAGCUGAAGUUGAACCCCUCAUGUGCUGUAUUCAUCACUAUGAAUCCUGGCUAUGCUGGACGCUCAGAGCUUCCAGAUAACCUAAAGGCUCUCUUCAGGACCGUCGCUAUGAUGGUACCAGACUAUGCGUUGAUUGCUGAGAUUGUGCUCUACUCGUGUGGCUUUGUGACUGCACGGCCUCUGUCUGUGAAAAUAGUAGCAACUUAUCGACUCUGCUCAGAACAGCUGUCCUCACAGCAUCACUACGACUAUGGCAUGAGAGCUGUCAAAUCUGUGCUCACUGCUGCCGGGAACCUUAAGCUGACUUAUCCGGAGGAGAAUGAAGACACCCUGUUGCUGAGAUCCAUUAUUGAUGUAAAUCUGCCCAAAUUCCUGGCUCAUGAUCUGAAGCUGUUUGAGGGCAUCACAUCUGACCUCUUCCCGGGAGUUAAACUCACAGAGCGAGACUACCAUAUCCUCCUGGAAGCCAUUAAGGAAAACUGCCAGCACAUGAACCUUCAAGUCACUGAAUUCUUUAUUGAGAAAAUCCUGCAAAUCUUCGAGAUGAUGAUCGUAAGACAUGGUUUUAUGCUGGUGGGAGAACCCUUUGGUGGAAAGACCAGUGCCUAUCGCGUGCUGGCUGCAGCUCUUCGUGAUGUCUUUGAAAAGGGUCUGAUGGAGGAGAACAAGGUGCAGAUCACAGUAAUCAACCCCAAAUCUAUCACCAUGGGCCAGCUGUACGGCCAGUUUGAUCCAGUUUCUCAUGAGUGGGCUGAUGGCAUCCUCGCUGUCAGCUAUAGGAACUUUGCUGCCUCCCAGAGCCCUGACAGAAAAUGGCUUAUCUUUGAUGGCCCAGUGGAUGCAGUGUGGAUUGAGAACAUGAACACUGUACUCGAUGACAACAAGAAGCUGUGUCUGAUGAGUGGAGAGAUUAUCCAGAUGUCACCACAAAUGAGCCUAAUCUUUGAGCCCAUGGACCUGGAAGUGGCAUCACCAGCCACGGUGUCUCGCUGUGGUAUGAUCUACAUGGAGCCCCACAUGCUUGGCUGGAGGCCGCUCAUGCUGUCCUGGCUGAACACACUUCCAGCCACGGUCAAUGCCACGCACAAGGAUCUCAUCAAUGCCCUCUUUGACCGCAUGCUCCCCAUCUGCCUGGAGCUCAUCCGAAAGGCAACAAAGGAAUUGUCCUCAACCUCUGAUGCCAAUCUCGUGAAAUCCCUCAUGAAUUUGAUGGACUGUAUGAUGGAUGAAUUUAAAGAUGAAGCAAAAAUUAAGAGCAUGAGUGAAGAAUAUGUUCAGUCCUGGUUAGAGGGCAUCUUUGUGUUCUGCCUGGUAUGGUCAGUGGGUGCCAGCUGUGAUGAUCUGGGCAGGACCAAGUUUGACGCACUCAUAAGAGAGGUGCUGGACGGGCCCGUAAGUGAAGAGACCUUGGCUUGCCAUGGCCUUCUGACCACAGUUGAAGCUCCUGCUAAACAGUUGACAGUUCCCUUACCAACUGAGGGAACAGUUUACCAGUAUCGCUUCAUUAAGGAGGGUCCAGGUAGGUGGGAGCUUUGGACAGAUGAACUAAAGACUGCUACCCCCUUAGUCAAGGAUAUGCAGUUCAAUGAGAUCAUUGUACCCACUGAGGACACGGUACGCUACAUGGCACUGAUGGAGCUCCUGGUCACUCACCAGAAGCAAACGCUAUUCAUUGGUCCCACUGGUACUGGCAAGAGUGUCUACAUUACCGACUUCCUGUUGAAGAAACUGCAGAAAGAUAUGUACAGCCCAUUAUUUAUCAACUUCUCAGCCCAAACUACAGCUGCACAAACCCAAAACAUUAUUAUGUCCAAGGUAGACAGGCGCCGCAAAGGAGUGUUUGGCCCUCCAGUCGGAAAGAAAAUGGUGCUAUUUGUAGAUGAUGUCAACAUGCCAGCCAGGGAGGUUUAUGGUGCUCAGCCCCCUGUGGAGCUUCUUCGCCAGUGGCUUGACCACUGUAAUUGGUAUGACACAAAGGACUGCUCAGUGAUCCUCUUGAUGGAUAUUCAGAUCAUAUGUGCUAUGGGGCCACCUGGCGGUGGGCGAAAUCCCAUCACACCUCGGUACAUGCGCCACUUCAACAUGAUAACCAUAAAUGAUUUUGAUGAGAACACUAUGGAUACAAUCUUCUCCAGGAUCUUAAAUUGGCAUUUCACCAUACGGUUUUCCUUCCCCAAGCCGUUUGCAGCUCUGACCUCUCAGAUUGUCAAAAGCACUAUGUCAGUGUACCAGGAGGCCACCAAGAACCUGCUACCAACCCCCACUAAGUCCCAUUACUUGUUCAAUCUGCGUGAUGUCUCCCGAGUCAUCCAAGGCAUCUGCUUGUCACGGCCAGAGACUGCAGACGAACCAUCUGUCAUCAAACGGCUAUGGGUCCAUGAGGUUCUUCGGGUAUACUAUGACCGACUGGUCAACAACAAAGAUGGGUCCUGGCUUGUCAGUCAAUUACAGGUUGUCCUCAGCAAUCAUAUGAAUGAAAGCUUCCAUCAUCUCUUCGAGCAUCUAGACCAGGACAAUGAUGGAAUGGUGACUGAGGAUGACCUGCGCAGCCUCAUGUUUUGUGACUUUCAUGACCCUAAAGGGGAGGACCGCAACUACCGGGAAGUCCACGACCUAGACAAGUUACGUCAGGUGGUGGAAUCUCACCUUGAGGAGUUUAACAACGUCAACAAAUCACCCAUGAAUCUCGUGCUCUUCCGUUUCGCUAUUGAGCAUGUUUGCCGCAUUUCCCGCAUCCUCAAGCAGCCAAGGGGCCAUGCCCUGCUGGUGGGGGUGGGUGGGAGUGGACGGCAGUCCCUCACCCGCUUGGCUGCACACAUGGCAGAAUCAGAGCUCUUCCAGGUGGAGAUCUCCAAAACCUAUGGGACCACUGACUGGCAUGAUGACCUAAAAGGUAUCUUGAAAAAAUCAACACAGAGUGAAGCUCAUGGCGUGUUCCUCUUCACCGAUACGCAAAUCAAAAUGGAGUCAUUUUUGGAGGACAUUGGCAACUUGCUCAACAAUGGGGAGGUGCCUAACCUGUUCGCAGUUGAUGACAAGGCGGAAAUCUGUGAGCGGAUGCGUGUGCUGGAUCGACAACGUGCGCGAGACAAACAGACAGAUGGCAGCCCUUUGUCCCUUUUCAAUAUGUUCUUAGAGCGCUGUCGCACACAGCUGCAUGUGGUUCUCGCCAUGAGUCCUAUAGGAGAGACUUUUAGGGACCGCCUGAGACGAUUCCCAGCCAUCAUUAACUGCUGCACCAUUAACUGGUUUCAGACCUGGCCUGAGGAUGCCCUUCAAGCUGUGGCCUCACGUUUCCUGGAGGACAUUGAGAUGAAAGAUCAGGUCCGAGAAGGCUGCAUUGAUAUGUGCAAGAGCUUCCACACCUCCACUAUUGAGCUGUCUGCUCGGUUUUUGGCUCAGUUGCAGCGCCACAACUAUGUCACCCCAACCUCUUACCUAGAGCUCAUUUCCACCUUCAAAACCUUACUGAACACCAAGAGAGCUGAGGUGAGGAAAUUGAAACGUCGCUAUGAAGUUGGUCUUGAAAAGCUGGAGUCAGCAGCAGACCAGGUAGCUACCAUGCAAGUGAAACUAGAGGAUCUACAACCACAGCUGCUUGUGGCCAGCAAAGAAGUAGAUGAGGUGAUGGUGGUGAUCGAACGUGACUCUGUGGAGGUGGCUGAGAAAGAAAAGGUUGUGAAAAUUGAUGAGGCUUUGGCCAACGAACAAGCAAUGGCUGCCAAGGCCAUCAAGGAUGAUUGUGACGCUGACCUGGCUGAAGCCAUGCCUGUCCUAGAGUCAGCUAUGGCUGCUCUGAACACACUCACCACUCAGGAUAUCACACUUGUGAAGUCCAUGAAAAGCCCACCCCCAGCUGUCAAGUUGGUUAUGGAGGCAAUUUGCAUCCUCAAAGGUGUCAAAGCCGAUCGCGUGCCUGACCCUUCAGGUUCUGGUAAAAAAAUAGAGGACUACUGGGGCCCAGCCAAAAAGCUCCUGGGAGACUUAAAGUUUCUUCAAAGCCUCUAUGAGUACGAUAAGGACAACAUCCCAGCAAACACCAUGGCCAUCAUCCGCAAUAAAUACAUUACCAACCCAGACUUUGUACCAGAGAAGAUUAGAACUGCAUCCACUGCAGCUGAGGGCAUGUGCAAGUGGGUUUGUGCCAUGGACAAAUAUGACAAUGUGGCAAAGGUGGUAGCUCCAAAGAAGAAACAGUUGGCAGAGGCUGAUGGACAACUACAAGUGGCGAUGGAGGCAUUACACAAAAAGCAGGCUGAUCUAAAGGAAGUCCAAGAUAAAUUUGCAAAACUUCAGGAGACUUUAGAUGCCAAUAAAACCAGAAAAGCUGACUUGGAAAAUCAGGUGGAUCAGUGCAGUAAGCAACUGGAGCGAGCUGAACAGCUGAUUACAGGUUUAGGUGGAGAGAAGACACGCUGGAGUGAAAUGGCCUUAAGUCUUGGACACCUCUACAAUAAUCUGACUGGUGACAUUCUCAUCUCAGCAGGCAUAGUGGCUUAUCUGGGAGCCUUCACCUCCAGCUUCAGACAGGAUCAAAUAGAGAAGUGGAUGGAUCUUUCCAAGAGCAUAGACAUCCCCUGCUCCUCUGACGUGUCUCUAAUGAGCUCGUUGGGCGACCCAGUAAAGAUUCGUGCAUGGAACAUCGCUGGCCUACCAUCAGAUAGCUUCUCCAUAGAAAACGCAAUUAUAAUAGCGAAUGCAAGGCGAUGGCCUCUGAUGAUUGAUCCUCAAGGUCAGGCCAACAAGUGGUUGAAAAACAUGGAGAAAGCCAAUAGUUUGCAUAUCAUCAAACUGAGUGAUGCUGGGUUUGUUCGCACUCUGGAGAACUGUAUCCAGUUUGGUACUCCAGUGCUGCUGGAGAAUGUUGGUGAAGAGCUGGACCCCAUCCUGGAACCUCUGCUGCUCAAACAGACCUUUAAACAGGGGGGGGCAAUGUGUAUUCGUCUGGGAGACUCAACCAUUGAAUAUUCUCCCGACUUCCGCUUCUAUGUCACGACCAAGCUACGCAACCCCCACUACCUGCCUGAGACCUCUGUUAAGGUGACUUUGCUGAACUUCAUGGUCACUCCCAAAGGCAUCCAGGAUCAGUUACUGGGCAUUGUGGUGGCCCGAGAGAGGCCUGACCUGGAGGAGGAAAAGCAGGCUCUCAUCCUGCAGGGAGCUGACAAUAAAAGACAACUGCAAGAGAUCGAGGAUAAAAUCUUGGAGGUGCUCUCCUCCUCUGAGGGCAACAUUCUGGAUGAUGAGACGGCCGUUGAGAUCCUUUCCUGCUCAAAGGUGUUAGCCAAUGAAAUCACAGAGAAGCAGGCCGUGGCUGAGGAGACAGAGAUAAAGAUUGAUGAGACCCGAAUGGGCUACACACCCAUUGCUGAGAAUUCUGCCAUCUUGUUUUUCACAAUUGCUGAUCUGGCUAAUAUUGAGCCGAUGUACCAAUACUCCCUUACCUGGUUUAUUAACCUCUUUAUCAGCUCUAUUGACAGCUCAGAAAAGAAUGACAACUUGGAAGCGAGACUUCAGAUCCUGAGAGACCAUUUUACCCACACGCUAUAUGUCAAUGUGUGUCGCUCACUGUUUGAGAAGGAUAAACUGCUCUUUUCCUUCUGUCUCAGUGUCACUCAGCUCAUUCACAUCAAGCGGGUGGACGAAGGGGAGUGGCGCUUCCUUCUUACAGGUGGCAUAGGUCUGGACAACCCCCACUCAAAUCCCUUCACAUGGCUCCCCAAGAAGUCUUGGGAUGAGAUAUGUCGCUUGGAUGAGAUGGAGAGUUUCAAAGGCCUCCGCCAUAACAUGACGGAACUGAGAAACCGGUGGAAAGAGGUCUAUGACAGCCCAAACCCCCAUCAGACUCCAUUCCCUGGUGAUUGGCAGGAGAAGCUGAGCCAGUUUCAGAAGAUGUUGGUGAUUCGUUGUCUCAGGCCAGACAAGAUUAUCCCCAUGGUACAGGAGUUUGUUUCAGCAAACUUAGGCCGUGCCUUCAUCGAAGCACCACCCUUCAACUUAAGUAAUGUCUAUGAUGAUAGCUACUGCUGUGCUCCCCUCAUCUUCAUCCUCUCACCCGGGUCAGACCCCAUGGCUGCUUUGCUGAAGUUUGGAGAUGAAAAGGGCUUUACGGGCAACAAGCUCACCUCUCUCUCUCUGGGCCAAGGUCAAGGUCCUAUUGCUAUGCAAAUGAUUCAAACAGGCAUUAGAGAGGGCACAUGGGUGGUACUCCAGAACUGCCACUUGGCCACUUCAUGGAUGUCAACGCUGGAGAGAGUGUGUGAGGGGCUGAACCCAGACACCACCCAUCCAGACUUCAGAUUGUGGUUGACUAGCUACCCCUCUCCCACUUUCCCUGUGGCCGUGCUCCAGAAUGGCGUGAAGAUGACCAACGAAGCUCCAAAGGGCCUCCGCUCCAACAUCGCACGCUCCUUCUUAAUGGACCCCAUUUCUGACCCCUCAUUUUUUGACAGCUCUAGCAAGCCGGCAAUGUUUAAGAAACUACUGUACGGCCUGUGUUUUUUCCACGCCCUGGCCCAGGAAAGGAGAAAGUUUGGACCUUUGGGCUGGAACAUUCCAUAUGAGUUCAACGAAACUGACCUCCGGAUCUCUGUGCAGCAACUGCACAUGUUCCUGGAGCAGUACCAGGAAGUUCCAUUUGAUGCCCUCCGCUACAUGACUGGUGAGUGUAACUAUGGAGGCCGUGUGACGGAUGACUGGGACAGACGAACCCUGCGCACAAUCCUUUCAAUCUUUUACACCUCAAAGAUCACUGAGGACCCCGACUAUAAGUUUGAUCCCAGUGGGCUUUACCACGCACCACCUGAGGGAGAUUACAAGAGCUACUUAGAAUUUACAAAGUCUCUUCCUCUAAACCCCUCGCCAGAAAUCUUUGGCAUGAACGCAAAUGCCGAUAUCACCAAGGAUCAGGCAGAGACACAACUCCUGUUUGACAGCAUCUUACUCACACAGACCCGGUCUUCAGGCGGUGAUGCCAAAUCCGCCGACGACAUGGUCUUUGAUGUGGCAGCUGACAUCCUGAGCAAGCUUCCCGCAGCCUUUAACUUGGAGGCAGCAAUGAGGCGCUUUCCAACCAGCUACAAUCAGAGCAUGAACACGGUGCUGGUCCAGGAGAUGGGCCGUUUCAACAAACUGCUCUGCACCAUCCACGACUCCUGCAUCAACAUUCAGAAGGCCAUAAAGGGCCUGGUGGUGAUGUCAGAAGAGCUGGAGGAGGUGGUGAGCAGCAUCCUGACGGGCCGCAUCCCGGGCAUGUGGAUGAAGAAGUCCUACCCCAGCCUCAAACCUCUGGGGGGCUACGUCAAUGACUUCCUCCAACGACUCCAGUUCCUACAGGACUGGUAUGAUCGCGGCACACCCGCUGUAUUCUGGGUAUCAGGAUUCUUCUUCACUCAAGCGUUCCUCACAGGGAGCCAGCAGAACUACGCCAGGAAACACACCAUCCCCAUCGACCUGCUCAGCUUUGACUUCGAGGUUCUGGAUGACAAACAGCACACAGAGCCCCCGGAGGACGGUGUUUACAUCAGGGGUCUGUACCUGGACGGGGCCCGCUGGGACAGAGACGCCCAAGUCCUGGCCGAGUCCUUCCCCAAAGUGCUGCACGACCCCAUGCCCGUGAUGUGGUUGAAGCCCAUGAAGCGCCAGGACAUUCCUCAGAGAAUGUGUUACCUGGCUCCCGUCUACAAGACGAGCGAGCGGCGCGGCACCCUGUCCACCACCGGCCACUCCACCAACUACGUCAUCGCCAUGACGCUCAGCUCCAACGUCCCUGAUGAGCACUGGAUCCGGCGAGGAGUCGCUCUGCUCUGCCAGCUCAGCUCAUAGUUCCUUACUUUAAUAUUUGA